GCGUUCUCACCUUUUUUUUCAUGUGGCUACGAGCCACACACACAUAUAUACAAAGUCUCUUUUUGAUUAUUUCUUCUUCGAUCAGAUCUGAAAGCUUUGUCAUUCUCUUCAGAAUUUCUUCGUGCUUGUUUUUCAUGGCUUCUUCAUCAUCUGUGUCUUGCGGUUCGUUGUAUGACGUCUUCCUGAGCUUCCGUGGAGAAGACGUGCGCAAAGGGUUUCUUAGCCACGUUGUGAAAGAGUUCAAAAGCAAGGGGAUCUCACCGUUCAUUGAUAACGAGAUGGAGCGAGGCAGAUCUGUCGGUCCCACGCUUGUAGGAGCGAUCAGGCAAUCAAAGGUCGCCAUUGUCUUGCUCUCCCGUAACUACGCUUCUUCAAGCUGGUGUUUGGAUGAGUUAGUGGAAAUCAUGAAGUGCAGGGAAGAGGAUAAGCAAAGAGUGAUCACCGUUUUCUACGAAGUGGAUCCAUCUGAUGUUAGGAAGCAGUCUGGAGAUUUCGGAAAAGCCUUUGAGAAAACCUGUGUGGGGAAAACUGAAGAGGUGAUACAUGAAUGGAGGCAAGGUUUGAAGGAAGUCGCGGGUAUAGCUGGUUAUGCCUCUAGCAACUGUGGGAGUGAAGCUGAUUUGAUCAACGAACUUGCCUCAAAUAUUAUGGAUGUGUUGCCUUUGACACCAUCAAAUGAUUUCGAUGACUUUGUUGGCUUAGAAGAUCGUGUCAUGGAGAUGAAAACGAUGUUGAACCUACAAACAAAAGAAGUUAAGGUGAUUGGGAUUUGGGGUACUGCCGGGAUUGGUAAGACGACCGCCGCCAGAGUUUUGUAUAACCAAAUCUCUCCUGGAUUUUCAUUCAGCACAUUUUUGGAGAAUAUCAAAGGAUGUUUUGAGAGGUCCUGUGGUAACGAUCAUCAGUUGAAGUUGCGUUUUCAGGGAAAGUUGCUGUCUCAAAUUUUUAACCAAAAGGAUAUUGUGGUUGGUCACUUGGGAUGGGCACCACAAAAGCUGAGUGACAAAAAAGUGUUGGUUGUUCUUGAUGAAGUGGAUAGCUGGUGGCAACUAGAGGAAAUGGCAAAAAGAGCAUGGUUUGGUCCCGGAAGUAUGGUUAUCAUUACAACUGAAGAUAGAAAACUUCUCAAAGCACUCGGACUCGAGGCCAAUCAAAUUUACGAGAUGAAACUUCCAACUGGAUAUGAGGCUCGUCAGAUCUUCUGUCUAUCUGCCUUCGGUCAGAAGUUUCCAAAUAAUGGUUUCGAACAUCUUGCCUGGGAAGUUACUUGGCUUACGGGUAAUCUACCUCUAGGCUUGAGAGUCAUGGGGUCGUAUCUACGUGGAUUAUCCAAGGACGAGUGGAAAGACGCACUACCAAGCCUCAGGUCUAGCCUUCACGGGGAAAUUGAAUCAACUCUAAAAUUGAGCUACAACGUCUUAAGUGAUAAAGAAAAAACUCUGUUUCUGCAUAUUGCAUGUUUCUUUGUUGGUUUGGAAGUUGAUCAGGUCAAGAGUAUACUUGAAAAAGGUGAUUUGAACGUCAACCAUGGGUUGCAAACCUUAGCUUAUAGAAGUCUUAUAUCUAUAGAGUCCAGAUACGUAAGGAUGCAUAGUUUACUGGUACAAAUGGGUAAAGAAAUUGUCUAUGGACAGUCUGCCGAGCCUGGAAAGCGACAGUUCCUGACGAAAGCCACUGAGAUUUCUGAAAUUUUCGAAGUAAAUACUGGUACUGGAACUGUACUAGGCAUAAGGCUCCCAUAUUAUCCAGAGAAAGUACUCCAAAUGAGUAAAAGGGCUUUCCAAGGGAUGAACCAUCUCCAGUUUCUACAUCUCUCCUCUGAUGAUACCUUAUGCUUACCUGCCGAAGGCCUCAACUGUUUUCCCGACAAACUCAGAUUGCUAGAUUGGAGACGGUGUCCAUUGAGAAUUUGGCCUUCCAAGUUCUCUGGAAAGUUUCUUGUUGAACUAAUCAUGCCCCACAGCAACUUUGAGAAACUUUGGGAUGGAAUCAAACCUCUCCCAUGUCUCAAGCGGAUGGAUUUGAACAAGUCUAGCCACCUGAACGAGAUUCCAGAUCUCUCGAAAGCAACGAGUCUCGAGAUAUUAAAUCUCAGUCACUGCAGAAGUUUGUUAGAACUCCCCUCCUCUAUCGGUAGGUUAAUCAGUGUCGAGGAAUUAGACCUCCGUAGAUUCUCGAGUGUGGAAGAACUCAGUGAUUGCUCGGGUUUGCUCGAUCUGAGCUAUUCUGGGAUAGGGGCAUUGGAAUUGCCAUUAUCAAUUCGUACUUGGUCUUGUUUUUAUAGAUUGGAUAUGUCAGGGUUGAGUGACCUCAAGAAAUUCCCAAAUGUUCCUUACAGCAUCAAAACAUUGGAGCUGAGCUACACAGGGAUAGAGGAAAUUCCUCCAUGCAUUGAGAAUCUAUAUUGUCUGGAGGAACUAACUAUGUGGAAAUGCAAAAAUCUGGAAAUUGUAUCUCCAAACAUUUCUAAGUUGGCAAACCUUGAGACUAUUCAACUGUGUAAAGGUGGCGGAGAGACGUUUACAGCAAUGAUGUAUGGGUUUGCUAACUGGCGUCACCAGUGGAUUCUCAUAUCAGACUUAAACAUUCACUACAUUUUACCGAGAUGUCUACCGGAGAAGGUUCUUACGCCUCCAUUUUCAUCAUUAUGUUUAGUCGGUCCUGAUUUAAAGACUAUUCCAGAUUGCAUCAGACGUCUCUCCGGACUAGGUCAGCUUAAUAUCUCACCUUGCGAAAAUCUCACAGCACUGCCACCGCUUCCAGCAUCCCUUCUAGCAUUAGAUGCAUGCGGUUGUUACUACUUGGAGAGUAUAGACUCUUCUUUUCAAAAUCCAAUUCGCCUAAACUUUGCUGACUGCUGCAACCUGAAUCAAAAAGCGAGAAAGCUCAUCCAGACAGCACCUGGCGAAUAUGCAUAUGCGCUCUUACCGGGUGAAGAAGUGCCUGCACAUUUCACUCACCGAGCUAUUUCUAGUUCAUUAACGAUCGAUCUGACUCCAAGACAUCUUCCUUCAUCCUUCAGAUUCAAAGCUUGCGUCUUACUGUCAGAACUCUGUGGUUACCUUAAUGUGUCUUGUUGCGUCAGAGGUAAACAGAAUGGCCUCACUGCCCCAUAUGGAUCAACCCAGCUUCGUUAUAUGCCAUAUCUAUACUCAUCUCGAAACCAUCUUUAUAUAUUUGAAGAUUAUGUCUCUCUAAGCCAGGAUUGCCCUGAAGCCAAAGACCCCACUUUCAGCGAGCUUUCGUUUCUGUUCACAGUCGAUGAGGCCUUGGUGGUUGAGGGCUGUGGUGUAAGAAUUUUGGAGGUACUUGAUGGAAAAGAAACUUAAUACAGAGACGAGGAGCACGAAACGUGUUGUGAUGUUGUUAGAUUUUCUGAUUCCGCUGCACUGUAAGUUUCCAAGAAGAGAAGCAUCAAUCUCAACACCCCCAGCACACUGAAUCUGGGAUCUUUUCAGACCUAUGAAAAGAGAUACAUCCAACAGUGGCUGAUGUACAAACAGACAUGUCCCAAGACCAAAAAGUCCUCUCUCACCGGUUAUCCAACAGUGGUCACCCAACCAUUUGGUCGAUGAGUUGAUUGCGCAAUGGUGUCAAGCCAACAAGUACGAUCGGCCAGAAGCAUCUGAUGCACCCAUUGGAUUGUUCAGUGAUGACAUAGACCUAUUGCUUCAGCGGAUCUCCUCUCCCUCUUCAGUUGAAGAUCAGACAAAAGCUGAAAAUGAGCUGCGUCCCCAGACCAAGAGACUUGACAAUGUCCCGGCCUUGUUUGUCGCUAAGAUCCAUGCAUCCAUCUCACAGUUGCUCACUCCGCUCUCUGCUUUGGGAGAGGCCAUUGACUCUAAUCCGGGCCUUCAGAAGGAUAUCAUCACUGCAUUGCUCUACAUCUCGAGUUUUGAGGAGAACAAAAACAGCAGUUGCUCAGCACCCUCUUGUGAUCCCACUGCUUAAGAAGGGGACAGCUAAGACAAGAAGUAACUAUGCAGAGGCUUUAUGGUUAAGUUGAUUCUAACAAGAUCAUCAUCGGGAACUCAGAGACACUCAAGGCUUUGGUACAUGUCAUCAAAGAGGAUCAUUUCACAGCCGCCAUAAGCGCCUCUUAUGCUGUUUUCCAACUCUGUUACCUACCGCAGAACAGGGGCAAAGUGGUUUCAGAAGGUUUGAUUCCAGCGCUGAUCAACAGGAUUAAAUAAAAAGAUUAGUUUUGCGAACUGAGUCUUGAUGAUGCAUAUAAAAAGUUUAGAAAGAAGCAAAAGUUGUAUAGUUUUCUGUGAACGUUAAGUGCCUAAAGAGGGCCUGAGUGUUGCUACUCUUCAUUGAAGUUUCUGAUUCAUAA